AUGGCCAAAGAGCAUGAAACAAUCUUCAACUUGGAAAAUAUCAAGGCUCCAACUCAUAAUUUCCAUGAUGAUAACAAACUUGGAGAGGGCGGAUUUGGCACGGUAUAUAAGUGCACAAUGUCAAAUGGAAUACAAAUAGCUGUAAAGAAACUUUCUGUACAAUCAUUGCAAGGAAUGGAACAGUUUCUAAAUGAGGUUAAGCUGAUUGAAAAAAUUCAACAUCAUUAUCUUGUGAAUCUACUUGGAUGUUGUAUAGAGGGAUCAGAACGCUUGCUGGUUUACGAGUUCUUGCCUAAUAAGAGCCUUGAAAAAAUACUCUUUCAUCCACAAAGGAGUAAAGAGCUUGAUUGGCACAAGCGUUUAAACAUCAUACAUGGAGUAGCUCGUGGGCUUCUAUACUUGCAUGAAGAUUCUCAGUUGCCCAUCAUUCAUCGGGACAUUAAAGCAAGCAACAUUUUGCUUGAUGAGAAGAUGGAACCAAAGAUAUCAGAUUUUGGCUUAGCUAGACUGUUUUGUCGAGAUGAGACUCAUAUUAACACAUUGAGGGUUGCAGGAACACUUGGUUAUAUGGCACCAGAGUAUGUUGUAAGAGGUCAACUAUCUAUUAAAGUUGACGUCUAUAGUUUUGGUGUUGUCAUUUUAGAAAUUGUAUGUGGGAGAAAGAAUGCAACAAUAGAUUGCCCUUUGAAUUUCAAACCCUACUAA